AUGGGUUGUUUCGGUUCAAAACCAAAGUCUUCUGGUUCAUCAACAUCGAACAAACCCUCUUCGCAACCAAAACCAGCUUCACAACCAAAGCAAGAAAAGACUGAAAACACCUCAAAUAAGCCGCAAGAAGGAACCCACGUUCCUAAAGCUAAAGGAGACCAACCAGUUAUUGAAAAUAGACCGAACGGAAAGAAGGAAGUUGUCUCUGGCGACAAAAGUAUUUUGCUUGACGAAAUUUACGCAAAACACUAUGGCAAAGUUGACAAAGCUCACGACGACGUUGAAGCCGCCAAAAAGGCGUGGCUUGAUGCUAAAGAGAAAAAAUCCCCAGACACACAAAAGUUAAAUGGAGUUUUCCAAGACAAAAAGGCUGCCUUCGAAAAAGCCAAAGAACAGGCGCACAGAGAUGCAUUCAAAGAAGUCCAAAUCUACAUGUGUGAUGAGGAUUGCAUUGAUUUACAUGGUCUCCAGAUUGAUGGUGCUGUGAUGAUGAUGAAAGAAGAAAUUGCCUCACGGAAAAAGGCUGGCAAGAAGAUCCUUAAAUUGCAAUGUGGUAUGGGUCACCAUAACACCGUUGGGUUUUCUAAGAUCAAAGAAGAGGUUGUGAAACAACUCAAAUCAAUGGGUGAGAAGUAUACUGAAGACAAAGAACAUGGUUUUGUCAACGUCCAACUCUAA